AUGACGGCAGUCAUGGGAGCGAGCAAGUCGGUGUAUCUGAGCGUGGUGAUGGUGAUGCGCAACGAUAACUACGGGGAGAACCUCCUUCAUCGUUUCAACAGAACCAUCGCAAGCUUGUCCGAGUCUGCGUCUCUUUACCGUCUAGACUACGAGAUCAUCGUAGUUGAAUGGGAUCCGCCAGGAUCUCGUCCACUUCUCCGAGAGGCGCUUGUCUGGCCCAAGAACAUACCACGGUUGCACAUCAUCACAGUUCCUCAACAUGUCCACAAGGAGGUAAACUGCAGGGGAUGGGAAUACGAAGCCAAGAACCUUGGGAUAUCCCAGGCCGAGGGGUCUUUCAUCCUGUGCAUGAACUGCGAUGUGAUCCUCUCUCCACGCCUCGUCAAGUUUUUGAGUGAGAAGACCCUGAAAGAUGAUUGCUAUUACCGUGUGGACCGUUAUGAUUGCAUUGAGUUGAUUCCAGAGAGCAUGACCGCCGUCCAGGCAGCCAAACAUUGUCAAGACCAUUCAGUCUCGGGUUGGAACGACAGUCCGUUUGCUGCGAUCUUGGGGAUUGGAAUGGUUUCCUGCUCCAGACUCACCAACACCACAGAGGGUUUCAAAGGGAUUCAUAUUGUUCGUCCUACUGCGAUAAUCACACAGGUCAUCAGCUUUGCAUUGAGCAUGUUGGGCUUUCUGUUUGAAAGGAUUAGCACAGAUUCCUACUUGGUUGCUGCCGCUGCUGCAAAAGCAAAUUGUUCGUCUGAAAACUGGAUGAGAUUCCAAGCGGCAGCUUCAAGGAUGCUGGCCGGUACUGAGAGCUCCUACACACACGCCCUGAGGUUUCUUUUUCCAGUGCAAACUCCGAUAACUACCAACGACCUGCACGGAUGGCAUCUGGAUGCCUCGACUUGCGAUCUGUUCAACAUCUCCACCGUUCCAUCGGCUCUAUCCGCAUCCAAGUCGUCUAAAGAUGAUCCCAAUGAUGAUGAGUUCAGGGCAAACUACCUUUGCUCAGGAAAAACGCACAUUCGCGGACCUUGGAAGAGACUGGAAGCGUACCUGCUAGUGGCCAACGGACUUGCUUCUCAGGGUAUCGACUUGCUUUCCGAUUCCGACUCCCUUUGA